GUGUUUUUUUAAGAUAAAAUAAUCUUUCAGUUUAUUUGUUUGCACAGGCACCAUCAUUGUCCACAUGGAACCGCAAAGAUUUAUGAAAACUCUGGUGUGUUUUGCCCCACAACUGAAUAUUUGGAAAAAUAUCCUAUGUAUGCCAAUGUUCUUCCACCUCAAAGUCUUAAACCCAAGCAAGAAUUUCAAGCAUCCCGUGGUCGGAUUAUCGUCCUUAUGAAAUAGUCAAACAGCCUCGCCACAUGCCAGAAGAAUAUAAACCAAAGCAGGGGAAGAUUGAUCUUGAUACCACCUAUAAACAAGAUUUUUAUUCCUACAAAGUACAGCCUGUGGCAAUAGUCCAGCCUCUGGAAAGACAACAAAUUAAAAAAGGAAAGUUGGACACUGUCCCAACCUAUAAAGAUGAUUAUAGAGCUUGGGACAUUCAGAAAAGGAAACUUUAUAAACCAGAACAAACUUACCAUCCCCCUACUGUGAAAUUUGGAAAUUCAACUACAUUUCAGGAUGACUAUCUUCCUCGAGAGAUAAAGCUUAGGCAAAGCUUUAAACCCUUCUCUGUGGUCAAACGGUCUACAAUACCUUUUAAUGGUGAUACAAGCCAUCGCCUGGAUUACGUACCUCAUCAGCUAGAACUUAAGUUUGAAAGGCCAAAAGAAGUUUACAAACCAACCAACCAACCCUUUGAAGAUCUUACAACUCAUCGGAAUGACUUUCAGGGACUUGGUGGUGAAACUGCAAAAAUCUGCAGACCUGCAUACACCAGAGUGACCCAAAAUGCUCAAUUUCAAGGAAGCACUGAAUUCCAGGAAAGUUUUCAAUCAUGGGAAAUCCCACCACCCGGAGUCAAGAGAGUCCCAGAGUAUGUGCUCCCUGCAGGGAGCAUGGAGUUAACCAGCACAAGCCGUCUGGACUAUGUUCCACAUCAGGCCAGUCGUGUUGUUCCUAUCCGGCCUGCUUCUCAUAGAAGAAAUAACAAUUUUCCUUUCCAAGGAAAAAGCACCAUGAAGGAUGAUUUUCCAGCAUGGGAAAGCUGCCGUCAAGGACUUAUUAAGCAGCAGCAGCAAAUUCCCAGCCCAUCUGGAAAAUUUGAUGGUUUGAGCACUUUCAGAUCUCACUAUGUGCCACAUGAAUUGAUUCCAACAGAGAGUUGCAAACCUUUAAAUGUUACUUUCAAGAGUUCUGUUCCAUUUGAUGAUGUAACCACGUACUCUAUAGAGUACACACCAAAGAAACAGGAAAUCUGCCCAGCUAGUUAUCCCUCUCCUCCUGGUUAUAUAUUUGACAAUAUAAAUUCCCAGGGUCAUAAAUUCUUUCGUAAGAUUAUCCCUGCAUUGAAGGCCUUCUAAUCAUCAAAUUCUGUUUAAAAGGAAGCUAGCUAGCAAAUUGUUUGUUUUUCGAGGGAAAAAUCAAUUAUUGUAGUGAAAAACAUUUUUGAGAGACAAUUAUUUUUUAGGUUUUUAAAUAAGAAAAUUGGAAAAUGUAUUAUAGGAGAUCAGAAUCUUAAAAUCCAUUUGUAUUCAUAUUUUAAUCAUGAUUGCUCUUUAAAUUCUAUUUCUCAAGGUUAAAUAAUGUACAUUCUCCUCUGAACAAUUUUAAUACCAAACAUCUUGUUUUGUAGCUUGUUCCCAAUCUAUUAUCAUUUAUACUUCGUUUAUAAUGAUGGCAGUUGUAUGGCUGUUCACAUUGCAGUUGUCAUUCAGCAAGCACAU